AUGAAUGAGCUCACGCCCAGUCAUCCUGCGCCUUCGCCCUCACAGUCACGCAGUCUCGCAACGCCCUACGCCUUCUCCUCGAACGCUAACGUCGUUAACGUUGCUGCCAUGGACCGUAAAAGUUUUCAAGGCGUUUCUCGAGGAAGUGGAAAUCUGAGUACACCCAAGUAUCAGACACAGCAGCAGCAGCAGCAGCAGCAGCAUCAAGUGAACGAGUAUCAUACUGGAUCAUAUGCAUCUACAAACUAUUUACACCUCAAGAGUCCGUCAGACAACCGAGGCAAUCAUGGAAACAAGUUUGAUUAUACGACAUCCAAUCAACAAUACUCGCCACAUCCAACACAACAACAGCAGUCGUAUCCAUCACCAUAUGGCUACGCAACGUAUGGACAGAAUUAUUCUACCACUGGAGACUAUUCACAGCAACAGCAGCAGCAACACCAGCAAUCGCAGCAGCAUCAGCAUCAGCAACAGCAACAAUCGUCACAGCAGCAGCAGCAUCAGCAGUACCACGGAGCUUAUGGACAAGUAGGUGAGACAAAUCCCUUGGGUAUGCUGGUGAGUUCGGCGACGAACCCACAUGCACCUCACGACGCCAUGCCGCAUGAUCAUGUGAAUAUUGGGAUCAAGGACACAGGAGACCGCAAGUUCAGGCAGCCGUACGGUGUAGUAGCAACCGACUCGUUUCUGAAUUCCAGUGGCGGCUACGUACAUGGCGUUGAGCGUCCUGGUAACGUGGUGCAGAUCAAAACAAUGUCCAACAGUUCGCAGCAGCAACAGUCAAUGUACCAGCGCUCGAACAUGUAUGGCACGGCGUAUUUCUCCCAGCAGCAGCGUACACAGGAUACGUCCCAACAGCACAGUCCAUUGGAUUUGGUGCCUCCGAGGUCUGCAGUGAGAACUAACUUUGACAACGGAAAUGUGACGUCUUCCAAUAUGGGACGUGGCAUGAACAGCGGUGUCGGUGGCAUGUUUAGUGCUGGAUCGCGCAUGCCGCAGUUCAGUUCUGGUUCUUCGGGCUCCUCCUUGACGACACGACUAAAGGACGGAGGUGUGGACAUUUCAACUGGCGCUUCUUCCAAUGGCAGUCACAUGUCCUAUAUGCAGCAGCAACCUGCCGCAAAGUCACUUGGUCAUACACACUCGACCUCGUUGUAUGCAGAUGUUGCCAGCUCAACGACGUCGAUGUCAAUGGUGAGCUUGUCAUCGGAAGGUCCGACGGCACCAGUCAAUGUAAAUGCUUUGUACACGUCGUCGUUAGCACCACCUCCGACUCAACUCAACACAAGCGGUGAAGACACAUGCGGGUUGUGCAGUGGGACACACAGUGAUAGGAUUGCUAACCAUUGCGGCCAUCGAUUUCAUGCCCAGUGUCUGCACACAUGGGGAGGAUUGACAACAUGUCCAAUGUGCGCACAGACAUCAAACACUAUCACAGGCCUUUCGCAUAUGAACGCCGUCAGCUAUGGUACAGGAGGAGAGACUGUUUCUGCAAUGUCACAAGGCUCGACAGGACAAGGAGAUAUGCCCUUGAGUAGUGGUGAUAUUAUUAACAACAGCACCACUAAUGUGGGCACCAAUGCUGUGUCCAUGUCGCCAAAUUCUGUGGGAUCCUCGCAAGUUGCAGCAAACAACAACCUGCAAUUGAGCAAUGCUAUGUCAGGCGGGCGGCCUCCCCCUAUUGACACGCGCAAUUUUGAUAACCGUCUGGGACCAACGACAUUAAGCGGGGGAAAGCGUAGCGUAUCGUCAACUCGCUCGGGUUCCAGUAGUGGUCGUGUGCGCAAAAAUAAGAAGUUGAAAGACUGCUCUGUGCCGGGCUGUGACCGCACGGUUCGCUCGCGGGGACUUUGCAAGGGUCAUGGUGGUGGCCGUCGCUGCGGGUUUGCUGGUUGCGGACUUAGCGAUCAAGGUGGUGGCUUUUGCAUUAGUCAUGGUGGUGGUAAGCGUUGCCAGCACGAGGGUUGCGACAACUCGGCUCAGUCACGUGGGCUGUGCAAGCUGCAUGGAGGUGGUAGUCGCUGCACGGUACCUAACUGCACUAAAAGCUCACAGGGCCGUGGACUGUGCCGUGCCCAUGGUGGCGGUCGUCGUUGCAUGGUCGAAGGCUGCAACAAAACGGAUCGGCGUGCAGGCUACUGCGUGACGCAUGGUGCAGACAAGAAGUGCAUCAUUCCCGAGUGUUCCAAAACGGGUCGCAUCGACAAUAUGUGCACGAAACACUACUUUGAACGACACCCAGCGCAGCCACCAGGAACCGUGAGCAUGACUCCUUCCCCUGUCAUCACUGUGAAUGCUAACACAAGCGCGGCAAGAGCUCGCGCUGAGAGAAAGAAAGCAGCUGAACAGCAAGGUACCGUUAACUAUGUGGGCUCGUCUUCAGUGAUGCUUGCUGGAUCCGUUUCAACGCCCUUUGAUGGACGGUUAGGUGGGGCGAUGUCAAAAACUGAGCCGUUUUAG